AUGACGGCCGGGGGCGCGGGGGAGGCGGGGCCUUCAUCGGCCCCGACGGCGAGGGGUGCUAGGACAGCGGGGCCCCCAGAGGACCCGGCGCUGUUCGUGCGGUCGCUAGCCGAGCCGGACCACCACCGCCCAACGGUCCCUGACGACUUCACGGCGUACAAGCUCCAGGUCUCCGGCGCGUGCACCGACGACGAAGGCCUCAUCCGCUUGGUGUCGUUAGGGGCGCAGAAGUUCAUCACCGACAUCCUGGACGACGCCUUCCAGCACGGCCGGCGAAAGACGCAGAUCGAGCCGCCCGCGGCCAAGCGGAGAAAGGACGCGGACGGCACCGCCACGGCCAACGUCCUCACCACCGACGAUCUGUCCAAGGCUCUCAAGGACCGCGGGAUCGACCUCGGGCAGCCGCCGUACCUGCUGCAGAACGACCUCAUGGUGCGGCCGCGCGGGGGCAGCGCGUUCGCGUCAAAGUACUAG